CAAAUCUCUGUUGCGGAUAUUAAUCGGAAUGUCCCUGUUCGGCAUCCGUUGUGUUGGUGCUUCAGAAAAGGAUCCUGAUUCAAUCGAUUGAAAAGCCAAGGAGAACUAAGUGUUGGCAUCAUGUCAGACAAAAGUGAGCUAAAAGCGGAGCUUGAGAGGAAGAAGCAACGCCUGGCUCAGAUCAGGGAGGAGAAAAAAAGGAAGGAAGAUGAGCGCAAAAAGAAAGAAGCUGACCUGAAGAAAGAUUCUGUCCCACUGGAUGACUCCGACUUGGAGAAAAAAAGACGUGAGGCAGAUGCCCUUCUGGAGAGCAUGGGCAUCGCCUCAACUGACGUCCCUGUUGGCCAGGUUCUGCGCUUAGUAACAGAGGAUACCUGUCUAUUUCACUAUCUAGUCCCUACUCCCAUGUCUCCUACAUCCAAGUCCGUGGGCACACCAAGCGAGGCAGGCAGCCAAGACUCAGGCGAUGGCGCCGUGGGACCCAGGACUCUGCACUGGGACUCUGACCCAUCCACUCUUCAACUUCACUCUGACUCUGAGCUGGGGCGUGGGCCUCUGAAGCUGGGCAUGGCCAAGAUCACCCAUGUUGACUUCCCUCCGAAAGAGACUGUGUCAUACACCAAGGAGACCCAGACACCGGUCCAGACCCAGCAGAAGGAAGAGGAGGAGGAGGAGGAAAUUGCUCCAGCACAGCCAGAACCUGAGACUCCAACGGAGAAACCAGUCCCGAAAGAGGAAGAGGAAGCUCCUCCGCAAGAGCUGACUGAGGAAGAGAAGCUUCAGAUCCUCCACUCCGAGGAGUUCAUAACCUUCUUUGACCACAGCACCCGCAUCGUGGAGCGGGCCCUGUCCGAGCAUGUCGACGUCUUCUUCGAUUACAGUGGACGUGAGAUGGAGGAGAAGGAAGGCGAGAUCCAGGCUGGGGCGAAACUGUUCCUCAACCGGCAGUUUAUGGACGAGUGCUGGUCCAAGCACCGUGUGGUCACGUGUCUGGACUGGUCGCCUCAGUAUCCUGAGCUGCUGGUUGCGUCAUACAACAACAACGAGGAAGCCCCCCACGAGCCGGACGGGGUGGCCCUGGUCUGGAACAUGAAGUACAAGAAGACCACGCCGGAGUAUGUCUUCCACUGCCAGUCUGCCGUGAUGUCGGCCGCCUUCGCUAAGUUCCACCCCAAUUUGGUGGUGGGGGGCACCUACUCCGGGCAGAUCGUUCUGUGGGACAACAGGAGCAACAAGAGGACGCCCAUACAGAGGACCCCGCUGUCAGCAGCAGCCCACACGCACCCAGUGUACUGUGUGAACGUGGUGGGCACCCAGAACGCCCACAACCUCAUCAGCAUCUCCACCGACGGCAAGAUGUGUUCCUGGAGCCUGGACAUGCUGUCCCAGCCGCAGGACAGCUUGGAGCUGGUGUUCAAGCAGUCGAAGGCCGUAGCUGUCACCUCCAUGUCUUUCCCCCUCGGAGAUGUCAACAACUUUGCAGUGGGGAGCGAGGACGGAUCGGUCUACAUGGCUUGUCGUCAUGGAAGUAAAGCGGGAAUCAGUGAGAUGUUUGAGGGCCACCAUGGGCCAAUCACCGGGAUCGACUGUCACACAGCAACAGGUCCCAUGGACUUCUCCCACCUCUUUGUCACCUCGUCCUUCGAUUGGACCGUUAAACUUUGGAGUACCAAGAACAACAAGCCGCUGUACUCAUUCGAGGACAACUCGGACUACGUGUAUGAUGUCAUGUGGUCCCCCACUCACCCAGCUCUGUUUGCCUGCGUGGAUGGAAUUGGCCAUUUGGAUUUGUGGAACCUUAACAAUGACACAGAGGUUCCUACAGCCAGUACCACAGUGGAGGGGAACCCAGCCCUGAACCGUGUGCGGUGGGCCCACUCUGGCAGAGAGAUCGCUGUGGGAGACGCUGAUGGACAGAUUCUGGUCUAUGAUGUAGGAGAGCAAAUCGCAGUUCCGCGUAACGACGAGUGGACCCGCUUUGUGCGAACGCUGGCCGAGAUCAACGAGAACCGGGAUGACGCGGAGGAGCUGGCCGCUCAGCGGCUUACUGCCUGAUCGCCAUGGAAACACCAUUCUAGGGACCAGCGUCGGGCUACAUAAUGUCAGACUUUUUAUUUUACUUUUUUUGAAGGCAGUUGUGACGGUAAUCAGACGCAUGGACACCUUUCUUUGGAAACAUUGUAGACAGAUUAAAUACACAUUCUUAACUUGGAUACGUCUGCCUUCUCCUUGUUAACUAGUUGGUUCAGCACACCAGACUGGCAGGAUAAGGCACAGGGCCAUCAUCCUCAGACCCAACCAGAAACAAAAGCCAUCUUCUUACUCUGCAAUACAAAUCAGUUCAAGUACUCUUUUCAAGUACUCAACAACCAGAAUGCCUUAAAGGUACCACCAUGUCAACUCCAGGUGUCUGUACCGUGUUGCAGGUUUAGAUGCAGCCUCCGUUUCAGUUUCACGUUCCACUCAAUCUGUUUGUGGUCCCCCCCACACCCCCGAGCCUGUGUUUGCUGUCACCAUGACUGAUGUGUUGUUAGCCAUCUAUGCUUGGAUGCCCCUGUUCACCUCACCUGUAGUAUGUCUAUCACAUCAUUACUACGCACAGGAAUGUUGUGGUGUCACCAUACUGUGGUUUGCUAUGUUCCUUGUACAUUAGAUGCACCAAAUGACCACCUGUUUUUAUAAUCUAUCGGGGGAAAGUAACCUUUCAGCCUGUCUGAAUGUCUAUGUACAUGACUGUUGGUCUUCAAGUACGACAUUUGAGAUCUCAGAACCAUUAGUAAUUGGUGAACAUUUAAUACCUUAGGGAUAUUAUGCUAUAUUGGAAGAUUGAUCAAUGAAUAUGAAUCCAUAUUACAUGUAGUAUCUAGGUAUAACCUUCCAUUUGUGACCAACGUUAUUACAAACAAAUCUCCUGUACUGUCACCAAUUGAAUGUACUUUUCACAAUUAGAAUUGAACAAUUUUGAUGAUUUAUUUCAACAAAAUACAAUAAAUACAUUUUAAAUUAUU